AUGUUUUUCUAACAAUGUGUUACUGAUGGUGAUCCAGUGCUUCAUUAUGCUUGUUUGGGUAAUCAACCAAAUUGUGUUUCACUUUUAUUAUCAAAAGGAGCUGAUAUUAAUUUAAAUAAUUCAACAGCUUGUUUAUGUUUACAGAUCGCUAUUAAUAAACAAUUAUUAGAAUGCAUGAAAAGAUUAUUAGAACAUCAACAAUCACCAAUGAAUGUUCAUUUAAAAGAUACUUACCGAUAA